AUGCACCUCUUUCGCAUCGUUAUCGGCCUCGUCGCCCUCCUGGCCCCCCUUGCCGCGGCUAAUGGAGCCGGCAUUAUCGACCCCAGCGCUUUGGCCCAGUUUAGAGUCUUUCAAGCCCAGCUGGACCCGAACCACCAGUAUACCAAGACGUCCCUUGUUAAAGACGGCCGAGGCGACUAUUUAAUCCGGGUUGACGUCUACAGCUACGCCGAACCAGAGAGGCAAUCCUAUAGAUUAUUUCCAGCUAGCAGGUACGCCUUGCAGAUUCUCAACGAGCAGAAUAGCGACCAGAAAAAUCCCAACCCGCGCAGUCGCAAUCGCAAGCACAUUUAG